UCUAUUAGGGUUCUUCGUGAGGCUAAAAACAGCAAUUACAACGAAUUUCGUCCCAUCGUUAAAUAUGUCUCGCCGGGAUCCUUUCCCCUUUCCAAAGUUUGAAAACGGCUUCACUCUCAGCGGCUUCCGGCCGCAGCAGAGAGCCACCUAUGAUAAGCCUGCCCAUAUCGCCCAAACAGAGGAACCCUGGUGUCGUCUCCAUGAUACCGCUACUUUGGCCAGCUCCCGGCGGAGUAGUGUGCAUUAUGAGCAUCAGGCACCCAAGGAUAGCCUCGACUUCCAACUAAAGUCUGUGUACGAUCACCACAAGGACUUCUUCUGGUUCAGGAACCAGAUGUUAUACCAGAAGGAGACCGUCUCUGAGGGCCACAGGUCGGUGCAACCUCACUGUGCUGGCAGUGGCAGUUCAGGAGCCUCAUUCAGCCUCACUCAACAAGAAGACAUCAGAGUGUGGGUCGAUCCACAGAGGAACUCCAUUCACAGCAUUAAGUGA